GCAAGGUCGCGGGCCCGUCGCUGAGGCGGCCGGCCGCGCUUGGAGCUAAGGGGCGGUUGUGAGGGAACAGCUAAUUAGCCCUAAUGAUUUUCGGCUGCCUUCGCAAAGAGCGAUCGAGCGCGGCGCCCUCUGGUCGGUUAAUUCUAGUACGCGGUGCGAGGCGUUCCGCUCUGGGCAGAAGGGACUCGACGUGUUUACCCAGCUGUACCCGACGCGCUAGAAAAAUCCUGUCUUCGUCACCGGCGCCACACCUGCGCUGGCCUCACCAGCCCUGCCGGGAGUGGCGGUGUUUUGAAUAGCUGAGGGCUGCAAGUCAGACGACAGUUAAGAAGGUGGUUUUGUUCUGUUCCUGAAGAUGUGGAUGCAGUCCACCGUUGACUUGUUUCCCUCACUGGAGCCACUGAAUCCCCGGUUUAUUUGGAUACACCAUUUCAGCUUCAUUUUCUCAAUCAUGUGCAAACCUUUCAAAAUGGGCAGAUCUGUUGCCAGUCAAAUUCCUCCCAAAGGGCUCGGUAGACGUAGAGAAUAGGAGGAGCAUCAGCAGCAUUACAGACUGCAGCAAACACAUCUCAUGCAAAAGGCAGAAGAGCAGAAAGGAGAAAACUUUAGAGAAGGGAAAGAGGAAAUACAGUGAUUGAGAGAAAACCAUGCUGCUUGAGGAAGAAAAGACAUAAACUGACCAUCAAGUACGUCAAGCAUUACACAAGCAACAUGUCUCGGCCACCAGGAAGAAAGCAGGAGAACCACAAAAUAAGCAGAGAACUUUUUGUACUCACGUAUGGGGCUUUGGUGGCCCAGCUGUGCAAGGACUAUGAAAAAGAUGAAGAUGUCAACACCUGUUUAGAUAGAAUGGGAUAUGGCAUUGGCAUAAGGCUGAUUGAUGAUUUUUUAGCUCGUUCAGCUGUGAAAAAGUGCCGCAGUUAUUCUGAAACAGCAGACAUGAUUGCACAGGUUGCUUUCAAGAUGUACCUUGGGGUCACCCCUAGCGUGAGCUGCAGUAGUGCCGCAGGAAAUGAAUUCUCCUUGAUCCUGGACAAAAACCCACUAGUGGACUUUGUGGAGGAGCUGCCAGCGGAACGAGCAUCACUUUGCUACUGUAACCUCCUCUGCGGAGUGAUUCGAGGUGCCUUGGAAAUGGUUCACUUAGCAGCAGAAGUUACCUUCCUUCAGGACAGGCUGAAGGGCGAUGCUGUGACAGAAAUAGGAAUUACGUUUUUAAGGAAGGCUGAAGACAGAAAGCACAAAAGAAAUAAAUGAAAGAAAUAUUGGGAGAAACCCUUGCUGAGGGAUAUUUUGCACCUUUUGUUUCUGAAGAAGACAUGCAGGGUAAAAAUGGCUUCGCUGAGCCAGCUGCACCAGUUGUACGCUUGAAAGGUGAAGAGAGCCGGGCGGCAAGCACGAGGGGCAGAGCAGGGGGAGAGCAGUGUUAAUUGUCAUGACAGAGAUACCAGUGUAAAAGAUCGAAAUGGCCUGCCUUUCCUUCUUGCAUAACCAUGCUCUUGAGCUCAAUGAAAAUUUUAUCUCAGUAUUUAGUACACACUGGAUGCAAAAUAUUCAUUCGGACGCCAACUGUUUUUGGAUAAACAUGACCACCUUUUCCCGUUUUGUUUGUUGGUAAUGUUUCAAAGCAUGCUUGCUAAGCGGUGCUUUAUUUUGCUGGUUGUUUGUGGUUAGGAAUAAUGAAUUCAUCCGCUGUGACUGCUGUAUGCAGUGUCUCGCUGUCAGGUGCCUGUUUUGAUGCGUAAUGGUUUGCCAUUCACUGUCCUCCACACCAGACAUCCUGCUCCCUUCGAAACCAGAGAGGGAUGCGGCUUCACUGACAUCAGGAGCCGCGUCAGUUCGUUACGGCUCUUUCAGGCGCCACGUUUUGCUGGCGUUGCCGGUUCAGCCCCGUGCACACGUCAGGCCGCAGCACUGACAACCACACCGACGCUUGUGUUGCUUCAAGCCAUGGGCCUUUUCAUGUCAGUCUUCUCUUCAGGAGCACCGAUCUUAUGACCAAACUGAACAGAGCAUGGCAUAUUUAAUGUGUAGUCACUGUGGAUCUGUACUCACCUAAGGAAAGUCGAAUAAAAAUUCAGAGAUUGCCACACAA